AUGAUGGGGGUGGUUAUUCAGAGGCCUGAGAGGUACGUCACGGACCCGGAGCUUCGCGGGACUAUUCUCCGCUUACCAGCGUAUCAGAAGUACGCGCUUCUGUUUGACACGUACAAUCUUAUGGAGCACAGGGUGGGCAAUCUCCAGGACUGGAGGGACUUUCAUCAGAAGGGCAUCGUUGCUGCUAUUACGAGGAGGAAACUCAACGCCGCCCUUGAGGUGGCGGAGGUACUCGAAAGGGCGUGGCGGGUGAAGGAAAUUGCCAGACGGCCGUUGCCGGAGGGCUUCUACGACUCUGUGCUCAAGGCGAGGUGGAGCCACGUCUUGGGGUUUCCCGAGGGCGAAGGGGGCGACGAAGCGGAGAUGCGGAUGGAGGUGAAGGCGGGGCAAGCGCCAGCACAGUCGUGGGAGUACAAGAUGCAGGGCACAACUCUUCGGCCGGUGAACGAUGCGGGGCAAUUCACCGCACCGCGCCCCAGG